AAAACAAACACUCUUGCCUCCUCCUGCCUCCUUGUAAUUCUCAGCAAUUCUUAAAACAAGCCAAUACGAGGAAAUACUUCAAGGAACUCAAUUGCCAGAGUCGCACAUGGCAAGACACCUCUUUCUUUUUUUCUUUUUUUUGCUGGCUGCAUAUAAUCAUUAACUUAGAAGGGAAAGCUCUCUUUUUAUUAUUUCACUGCUGUCACAUCCUGAUUCUCAAGAAGCAAAUCCUAUUAGUUUCAUCAUGGGAAAGGGAAGACCAAGCCGACCAGGGUCAGCCAGCGCUCAGCCGAGCACAGCAACUGAGAUGUUGAAACUGAAGCGAGAGAUUGGGCUGGCCAGCGCAGUGUCAUUAAUUGCUGGCACCAUGAUUGGUUCAGGGAUUUUCAUGUCCCCGGAGUGGGUGCUGCGUAACAUAGGCAGCCUGGCCGGCAGCCUCAUCAUUUGGGCGUCCUGUGGCUUAUUGUCCACUUGUGGGGCCCUGUCCUAUGCUGAACUGGGAACUUUAAUUAAAGAGUCGGGAGGCGAAUAUAUCUACAUCCUGCGGACCUUUGGCUCCCUCCCCGCUUUUCUCUUUGCCUUUACCUCUGUCAUUGUCGUGAGACCCGCCGGCGUGACGGCCAUCUCCCUGAGCUUUGCUGAAUACACUGUGGCCGCCUUUCAUCCUGGGUGCCCUUCACCCCAGGUAGCGGUCAAAUGCACAGCUGUGGCCUGUAUCCUGCUUUUAACUCUCAUCAACUGCCUCAGCGUCAGGCUGGCCACCUCUGUCAUGAACGUAUUCACAGUGGCCAAACUGUUGGCGUUGCUGGUCAUUGUGGUGGGAGGCGUGGUGCUGCUCAUUCAGGGGGAAACGCACCGUUUCCAGAAUGCCUUUCAAAACACAAGGUUGGAAGCCGGGGUUAUCGGGAUUGCGUUCUAUCAAGGGCUUUGGUCUUUCGAUGGAUGGAACAACUUGAAUUAUGUGACUGAGGAGAUUAAGAAGCCGGAGGUGAACCUUCCAAGGGCCAUGAUGAUUGCUAUUCCUCUAGUUACCUGCUUCUAUUUGCUGGUAAAUGUGAGCUAUUUUGCAGCCAUGACUCCUGCCGAACUUCUGUCUUCAGGUGCUGUGGCCAUUACGUGGGGGAACAAGGUCCUCGGUAGCUGGGUCUGGCUGAUGUCGUUGUCCGUUGCACUGUCUUCAUUUGGAUCAGCGAACGGAACAUUCUUCAGCGGAGGCCGCAUGUGUUAUAUUGCGGCAAGAGAAGGCCAUAUGCCAGACAUUCUAUCUAUGGCUCACAUAAGAUACCUUACACCUUCUCCUGCUCUCAUAUUCACCUCUGCUGUGUCGAUAAUUAUGGUUAUAGCCGGAAGCUUCAGUCAGAUUGUGAACCUUUUCAGUUUUACAGCUUGGCUUUUUUAUGGGACAACUGUCGCUGGUCUCCUGUACUUAAAGAUUAAGAAACCAGAAUUGCCAAGAUCUUACAAGGUACCAAUCAUCAUACCAGUAGUUUUUCUGAUGGCGUCUAUAUACCUUGUGUUGGCACCCAUCAUUGAUCAGCCCCAAAUGGAGUUCCUUUACGUCAUCCUAUUCAUUUCCAGCGGGAUCAUCUUUUAUUUCCUCCUGAUUCACUACAAGUACCACCCCACCUUCUUAAGAAAAUUUACUAUGCAUUUUCAGCUGUUUCUGGAGGUUGCCCCAACUGAAAAGAAUGUGGACUGAUUCAAUAGUCACAUGCCUGCUUUGAGAGACUCAUGGCAAAGUCUGUAUAUCUGGUCUGAACUGUCAGUCCGAACAUUUGGGAUCAAGUCACCAUAAGCCAGGCAGGUCCAAAGUCCGGCCCGCUGGUUGAUUUAAUCUGACAGUUUAUUUCUUGCUCAACAACUUUGGUGUCAAAUCCUAGAAAAAGCUCAACAACUGCAAUCCUAAAAAAAAGAGGACAACAACUUUGGUCGCCCCUCACGCAUGUUCACUUCAUCAAAUCUGGCCCUCUUUAAAAAAGUUUGGACUCCCCUGCCAUAAAUCACCACCGUUUCCAAAGCUGGAGAGCAAUUAUUUAAGUGACCUGGAUGUUUCUGAAGCAAACUUUUUAAAUUAUGGUGUGUGUGUGUUUCUGAGUGUGCGCAUGCACACACACACACACACACACACACACACACACUUUCCCCUAUCCACUAUAGCCACUGAUAUUUAAUACAGUUAAAAGCACAUAGAAAUCAAGGAAAAGUUUUGUAUUUAAUGGAUUGAUAGUUUUCUGCUGGGGAAGAUGCAGAUCUUACCAUAGAAACGUACCGUUUGUAAAUAAUAAAAAAAGAAACUUUC